GAAAAAAAACAACCCCUCUCUAGUCAGCAAACAUCCAAGAGUGGUUGUAAUGCAAAGAGGGAUACAAGUCGCAUCAGCACAGUCCGUAGGAAACAAGGGAACUGCAAGUUGUCAAGAUACCACCGAUCACAACGGAAAACCUGUUUGCUGGCGGGAGUUUACCGCUGAGGUAUCGGAUGGAUGAUGAGGAGGAGGACAUGUCACGGCCCAUCUCGCAACUCUGGGGAACGCCCUUUAGGGACGUCAAAUACGAAGACCGAGCCACACAGAUCGCGGCUGGACAGGCCCUUGCUGCCGUCACUGCUGCCGUGCCCACGUCGCAGAGCCACAGCAACAACAGCAUCAGCAUCGACACGCUGCCCUGCAGCUUGCUCCGGCAGCCUCGCAUACCCUUUCACGGCAACGCUGGAUUACGCUCACAUUUCCCCGCUCAGUUUGAACCCAUGGAGGACCGGGGCGAGAGGCAGAUUGAAGAGGAGGAGGAAGAGGACAGAGGGGAGGAAGAUGACAGGAUGGCAGAGGGGCCGGAGGAGCAGGCAGGGGUGAGCGUCGAGGCACAAAUUGGUCGUAAACUUCGGGAGAUCGGAGACAAGUUCCAACAGGAUCAUGUUGAACUGUUCAUGAGGCAUCAGAGACAAAACCUGCCUGUCUGGAUGCGCCUUACGAUGGCCCUGUUUGGCUUUCUUUUUCCAAGAGAGGCUCUGUUCCCCCGCCUGAGAGGAGAGCAGAGAUGAAGGGGCUUCCUGCUGGCCCUUGCCUAGCCCCACACACACACACACACACAGGGACAAGGGACCAGACUUUAAGAGAUGGCACUGUAAGAUGGAACACGGGUUUGGAUUUUGUUUUCUAAUUGAAUAUGAAGAUGAGAUGAAGAAAACACUGGUCACCGCUGGACGGAGACUGAUGACAAUUUUUUUUUUCUUGUUUUGUCUUUCCAAGAAGGAGCCAUUGUGUUUGAAGAGAUAUUUUUCAAAAUAUUUGUAAGAUUACCUAUUUUGUACAGUAAACUGCUCUUUUUAUUUGGUAUUUUAAGUCUUGAAGGACCUCCAUCAGUCCAGGGAAUGCCUUAUUCUCUCCUGCCACAGUGCAACUCUUUUGCAUCAAGGAAAUCAUAAGAAAGAGAUCAAUUUUAAGAUUAGGCCACUUUUUUGGCAACAAACUGUGGACAUGGACAUUUCUGUGCUGAAGUUACUGAUUUAAAACCUUGAGGACUCGAGGCACAUUUCUAAUUUAUUGUCAGAAAAAACAAUAAGCCCUGUACUUAUCCUUUACUGUUCCACACUGGCUAAUUUGAAAAUGGUUGUCAUGAUGUUGUGGCAGUGUUACACACUAGUGUUGCACUGUUGGUCAGUUUAGAUGCGUGUUUUACCAGCUUCCACUGUAGAUGUAGGGACAUUAUUAUCAACCUGUGUCAUCCAUCAGCAACCCCAUCUCCAUUAAAGUGACCCAACGACCCACUGUGUAGGUUCAGAUCCUGUUGAUUUAAAGUUUAAACACAUGCAUACUUGAAUUUAGGUGUACUGAAGAUAGUCGAGUAACUUCAAGACCUGACAUUGUAAUCGUGAUUACUCUUUCAGUGUGUGAUCAUGUGUGUGUAGGAGUGUGUGCUUACUGUUUCCAAAAUCUGCAGUAAUUUUAAAACCAAAUAAGCACAAACGAAGUCAAACAAAUCUCCUUUGUGAGAUUACGAUCAGGGAACUGGAAAACAAUCAGACAGCUGAAAAUCUUUGGAUAAAUUUCAUCUUCUAAAGCAUUUCAGGGGUUUCUUUCUCUGGCUGGAUUGACAAUCGCAAUUUUGCCCUUUGCUGCAUUGUGGGUAUCCUGUGAGAGAGAUGGCAUUAAUCUGCAUUUUCAGGGGCGAGCAAUAUUCAAGCCAGUGGAAGGAAGUAAAAUCUUAGGGAUCUGUUGCAUUUGCAAUCAAACUGACACCCAUAGAAGGACAUUUUCCAGAAUAUGGCUGUGUUCUCAAUGAAAUACACGUCUUUACAAAUAUCUUUGUUACAGAAACAUUUUGGGUUAAAGUUACACAGAUGCAUUUUUAUUUUAUUUCACUCUAAAUGUCUCAAGCACUGAUUCAAUCCUGAUGUGCUGAUACAUGUAUCGACUCAACCUUUCAUUCAAGUGCUUUCUUUCACCAAACUGCCAGUGGUACAGUCAGCUUCACUGAGAACUUCUUCUGUACAGUUCAAAAAAACAUUUUUGCUCAUCACACAGACACUUUUGGGUAUAGGAGAAAGUGUAUACAUCCUUGUGCGACAACUGCUACAUUAGCAUUUUGCAACGACACAGCCACUGUUUCACAGCGUAAGGUUUAUCAAGGAAAAAGUCUUCAAGUACUUACAUAAGAUGUUAAAAAUUCCUCCUUUGAUGUAUUAUUUCAGUCUGUUGUAGAUUCAUGAUAUGAACUUUUGAAGACACUGAUGGUUUUUUUUUCUCCUUUAUGUUUUCUUCAGGGAGUAGUUAAUAACCAUGAAAAUUACCUAAUGCUUAUUAUGAGUUGUGUUUUCUCACUAUCUGCCUUUGAGUAAUGAGUCCUUGCAUCAACACUGUUAGUCUUUCAUUGAUGCUGAGCAAGCAAAGAUGUUUCAUUAGACUUUUCCUGUUUUCCAAAUCAUUUUCACUCAGCAUCAACACAGAAGUGUGUUACAAAUUGUUAGGAGAUUUUUUUCUGUAACUACAUGAGGAGAUGAACCAAAAGUUAGUUUCCUGCAAACACUGAACGCUGAGCCAAUUUAGAUAGUUGUGACGCACUCUCUGGUCUUCAGUCCAAAGCUUCAUACUCUUGCUGUCUUUCAUCGAACGUCAUGUUUGACUACUCCCUGUCCUUAUUGAGAACAAGUUUCAUUUUGUUUGGUUUCUUUUAGAUAAUUUAUUCUAAUUUAUUUUGUGUAUAUUUGCUCAGUGCUACUGUAUAGAUGCUAUCUCAGUGUGUACAGUCCUUUUCUUCUCAUUGUUGAUGUGCAUUCAGUUGUGUGUUUGAUGCCUGUGUGGGGAGGUUGGACUAAAGCCAUGUGCCUCGUGCGUUCUCACACGAAUGAGUGUGAGUCUUUACAAAUCACGUGAAAAAACAGACAAUCAAAUGUACAAAAUGUGCCUUGUGAGUAACAGACCUGCCACAUCAUCACCACUUGGCAUAAUUACCCAAAGUCACUGGUCACCGCUCUUGUUUCACUUGGGCUCUGUGAGAUACUCGAUACAAUAGAGUUGGCACAAACAGUACAGCGUGUUCAAUGUGCCUUGAUACAAAAAAAACAAACAAAUCAGUUUGAUUCCUCACAUCAGCUCACGAGGCACAGGCUCAACCUUUGACAUCUUUCAGCACGAACAGCGAAUUUCACCACGCAAAACCUUCUCAAUAUCAGAAACGACUGUUUGCAAUCAAUGUGCACUGUAAAAAACAACAACAAUUUUUUACCUGUAUACUGUAUUUUGCGCCUCUCUGUUUCUACUCCUGUGCUGAACUUCUCCUCUAGAUUCCUGAAACUUUUUAAGAUCUGUAAUAUGCUGGAUCUGCCUAGCUCGUCUAGGUUUUUGUGCUUUAUUAUCUACAAUCUAGUAGGGCUGUGGGUUUACAUUUGAAGGAGGAAUGAGCCACCAUGGUGCCCAGUAUUAUUUGUAUGUGAAAUGGGUUGAACAGCCACUCAGUCGGUGUGGUGGUUACCAACCACUGUUGCAACCCUGACUCAAGUGAAACUUUUUUUAUUCGUUCAACCUUCAGUGUCUUUAAUAUCAAAUUUAUUCGAUCCGUUUUUUUGAAUAUCCAAGAAAGAGUGCAUCUUUACUGUCAAGUGCUGUGAUUUGGUGUUUUUUAUACAUUAGACAUGAAUUUGACACAGCUAUUGUUGCUAUCUUUAUAAACAUUUUUAGCAAAAAUUUUCCAUAUCUUUUUGUAAGAAGACGAAGGAAGAACUACAACAACACGACUCUUUUUCUUUUCUAUGAUUGCUUUUUUUUCCAAAGUUGUGGCAUUUUUAAUUUUGGAUAUUGCCAAGUCUGCUGUGUCACUCUCAGUUCAAGGGCUUUUGUCGAUAUAUGUAAAUGGAGUAAAAAUGCAUGUCCAACAUUCCUGAAAAAAUCUGUAUCUUAAGGGUUUGAAUGUAAUUUAAUGGAGUGAAAACCACAAUAUCUCUUUUAAUACAUGAACUGAACAGUGGAACUUAUUUCAGACUCCUGCGCUGUGUGCAUGCGGGGAGUUUGUAUUGUCUUCACGUUGCUUUCUUUACGUUCAGAGUGGUCUCAAGGAUUUCACAUUCAUGUGUCCUAUGAAGUGAGACCCAGGCCAGAUGUAGCAGUUUUUGUAAAAAGCAUUGGCUGUGUUAUCGUUGGGACUGCUCUGUGUCUACUGCACAGUUUUCAAACAGCGCAGGACAUGGGGCGAUGGAGGGAAACAGAGGAGGAUGGGAGAUGUUUGUUCUUUUUCUAGUGCAAUAUGCUGUACAUAAGAGCUUGGCUCUCAAAAUCUUACAAUUUUUCUUAAUUUCUUUUGUUGUUAAAUGGGUACAUUGCUGUUUUUUUUUCAUUAAAACUUUAUGGACAAUUGAAA